GAUGACACGUAAUUUUUGGUUAGUUUUUUGACAGCUGUCGUGGUUAAUGUGUUUGUUUAAUCGUGUUAAAUUUGCACAUAUUUCACAGCAAACAAACAUCUUUAAAAAAUGCCUCUGAGAUUGGACAUUAAGAGGAAGUUGACUGCACGGUCAGAUAGAGUCAAAUGUGUAGAUCUUCAUCCUACUGAACCCUGGAUGUUAUGUUCUCUUUAUAGUGGAAAUAUUAAUGUUUGGAACCAUGAAAAUCAGCAAUUAGUGAAAACAUUCGAGGUGUGCGACUUACCUGUAAGGGCUGCAAAAUUUGUGCCAAGGAAAAAUUGGAUAGUCAGCGGGUCAGAUGACAUGCAAAUUAGAGUUUUCAAUUACAAUACAUUAGAUCGAGUUCAUUCUUUUGAAGCACAUUCAGAUUAUGUGCGAUGCAUAGUAUUGCAUCCAACUCAACCUUAUAUAUUAACUAGCAGCGAUGACAUGCUCAUUAAAUUAUGGAAUUGGGAGAAGUCUUGGGCCUGCCAACAAGUUUUCGAAGGCCACUCACAUUACAUAAUGCAAAUUGCCAUAAAUCCUAAAGACAACAACACUUUCGCGAGUGCAUCACUUGACCGUACGUUGAAGGUUUGGCAGCUUGGAGCUUCUACAGCAAAUUUUACAUUAGAAGGUCACGAAAAAGGUGUUAAUUGUGUGGACUACUACCAUGGGGGUGAUAAACCUUACCUUAUAUCUGGAGCCGAUGACCGCUUGGUGAAAAUUUGGGAUUACCAAAAUAAAACUUGUGUUCAAACAUUGGAAGGGCAUGCACAGAAUGUUACUGCUGUAUGCUUUCAUCCUGAGCUUCCUGUUGUUCUAACAGGCAGUGAAGAUGGAACUGUGCGAGUUUGGCAUGCUAACACUCAUAGAUUAGAAAGUAGUUUAAACUACGGAUUUGAAAGAGUAUGGACGGUGUGUUGUCUGAAAGGAUCUAAUAAUGUAGCUCUUGGGUAUGAUGAGGGGAGCAUAUUAGUUAAAGUUGGAAGAGAAGAACCUGCCGUUAGUAUGGAUGCAAGUGGUGGCAAAAUAAUUUGGGCUCGUCAUUCUGAAUUACAACAAGCAAAUUUGAAAGCUCUACCAGAAGGAGCUGAAAUAAGAGAUGGUGAACGAUUACCUGUUGCUGUCAAGGAUAUGGGAGCCUGUGAGAUAUAUCCACAAACAAUUCAGCAUAAUCCAAAUGGUAGAUUUGUUGUGGUUUGUGGUGAUGGUGAAUACAUUAUUUACACUGCUAUGGCCCUAAGAAAUAAAGCAUUUGGCAGUGCUCAGGAAUUCGUCUGGGCUCAAGAUUCCAGUGAAUAUGCUAUUCGCGAGUCGGGUUCAACAAUUCGUAUUUUCAAAAACUUCAAAGAAAAAAAGAACUUCAAAUCAGAUUUUGGCGCAGAGGGUAUUUUUGGUGGAUAUCUUUUGGGUGUAAAAUCCGUAUCUGGCCUUGCUUUUUAUGAUUGGGAUACUUUGGAAUUAAUUCGUCGUAUUGAAAUACAACCUAGAGCAGUUUACUGGUCUGAUAAUGGACGUCUGGUUUGCCUCGCUACAGAAGAUAGUUAUUAUAUUUUAUCAUUUGAUUAUGAACAAGUACAACAGGCUCACGAGAAUAAUCAAAUUGCUGAAGAUGGAGUAGAAUCUGCAUUUGAUGUGCUUGGAGAAGUAAAUGAGUCUGUAAGAACCGGUCUUUGGGUGGGUGAUUGUUUUAUUUACACUAAUGCUGUUAAUCGUAUUAACUAUUUUGUUGGAGGUGAACUUGUUACUGUUGCACAUUUGGAUAGACCUUUGUAUGUACUAGGGUAUGUACCAAGGGACGAUCGUUUAUAUUUAGUAGAUAAAGAACUUGCUGUAGUUAGUUAUCAGUUAUUAUUAUCUGUUCUUGAAUAUCAAACUGCAGUAAUGAGACGAGAUUUUGCAACAGCUGAUCGAGUUUUACCCUCUAUUCCUAAAGAACAUAGAACUAGAGUUGCACAUUUCUUAGAAAAACAAGGUUUUAAGCAACAGGCUUUAGCAGUGAGUACUGACCCUGAGCACCGAUUUGAAUUAGCUAUUGCAUUAGAGGAUUUAAAUACUGCCCGAACGUUAGCUCAAGAAGCUAACAAUCCUCACAAAUGGAGUCAGUUGGGUGAAUUAGCGGCAUCUACAAAUAAUUUAGAAUUAGCCAAAGAAUGUAUGCAACGAGCUCAGGAUUAUGGAGGUUUGCUUUUGCUUGCUACUAGUUCUGGAGAUGAAACUCUCGUCCGUAGUUUAGGUGAAAGUACUCAUUCUGAAGGAAAACAUAAUUUAGCCUUUUUAUCUUACCUUCUUGUUGGUGAUUUGAAUAAAUGUUUAGAUAUAUUAAUAAGCACAGGCCGUCUUCCUGAAGCUGCAUUUUUUGCAAGAUCAUAUUUGCCAGAUAAAAUAUCGGAGGUUGUUGAACUUUGGAGAACACAAUUAAGUAAUAUUAAUGAAAAAGCGGGUCAAAGUUUAGCUGAUCCUAAAUCUUACGAAAACCUGUUUCCUGGAUUGUCAGAAGCAGUUACAGCACAAAAGUUUUUUGAAGAACAAAAUAAAAGUCUUCUUCCAGCUACUAUUGCAACUACUGUAACACCUAAUCAUGAACGAAAUCUUAUAGCAGAACUACAAGCUCAAUUAAAAAGUGGAACAUCUAGUGGUAUACAACAAAGAUCGCCUAUAGAAGCAAAAAAAAUAUUAGAACAAGAUGAAGAUGACUUGGAUUUAGACCUAGAGGGAGUCAAUAUUGAUGACAAUAUUGAUACAACGGACAUCAAUAUCGAUGAUGAUUUAUUAAGUGAUUAGAAGCAUAUUUUACAAAUUAAUUUUUAAUUUACAUUUAGUAUUAAUCUUGUGUAUUCUUUCCAUUAUUUAUACGAUGUAAAAAAAUACAUUUAAAAAACUUGAUGCAUUUCAAUAAUCAGAUACACAGAAAGCAUUGUUUUGUAAUAUAUUUAAAAACAAAAGAAAUUUGUUAAUUUACAAAAA